AUGCGUGAAACGGACGGCUCCGUAUCAGCCUCGACAGCCGGCGGACGUAAGACCGUGAAGCUCACCUGCAUUCCAUGUAGCACGCAAUGCACCCACCAUCUCGACUGCGACUCGUCUCGUGGGAAGUUUCGUGGAGUUCACUACGACCCGCAUCUUGCCGAAGUAUACGCCCAUGAAGAGGGCUGCAUCCCAUCUAGCGUGUCGCUGAACCGACAAAGCCCGGUCUACUUGCCGUGGCGGUUCCGUCCCAGAUCCUCACGCGAAUACCGGGAACACCAACGCGAGGUGUAUUCCACAUUCAACAAUUCGAAAAACUUUCUCGAAAACAACGACGGUGGUCACGAAGAAUGGGCAAAAAACCAGCGUGAGCAAACAUUCCGCGGUUGCGACAACGAAGACGGGAAACGUAUGGAAGGGCCUGAUUGUGAGAUCAUUGUCAUCGAUCAAGAGAGAGACGCACGAUUAGCGUCCGUCGUCAAGAAGGUGUCGGGGGAGGCGAAACGGCUUGAGAGAGGCGAUCUCGUGGAAUACCUGUUGCAGGUUGUGCGAGAUGUCUUUGGAGACUAUGGCUUGGAAAACGGUCCUACCAUGUUCGAAUGCGAGGCAAAGUUGUUGGAAACCAUGGUCGGGCAGGGUCACAACUUUGUCUUGUUAUGCUCAGUGCCAAAUGGCCUCUGUCGACACAAGGCUUUACUUUUCAAAGUGCUCGCAGACGUCGUCGGACUGAGUUGCGCAUUGGUAACGGGUUACAGCAAUGUUGCGCGGCACCAGUGGAACAUUAUUACGUUAUCGGAGUCGAUAGCCGCAUCGAACUCGCCAUCGAGUUCAGAUAAACCGGAAAGCCAUGACGAGACCUACCUCAUUGACCCCACUUCUCCAUACUUCACGUGGACGCGGCAUGGGAGCGGUCGGGCAAAAGGGUAUCGGACGUCGACUGAGGUGUCGUUUGGACAUUUGGGUUUCACGCAGAGGUGGUUCAGAAAAAAGAGGGACUUCUGUGAACAGAUUGAGAACCUUGAUGUUCUGGCAUGGUGUAAUCUUCAGCCUUAA